UUUGUAAUUAUUUCUCAGAUAUUUCACUGGAAACCUACUUAGUGGGCCCCUACCAGCGUGGAUAGCAGCAGUUAAUUCUAUAGAUCUUUCAUACAACAACUUCACCGAUAAAAACUCCACCGUGGCAUGCCAAGAGAUUGCAGGAGUGAACUUGUUUGCAAGCUUCCCAAUGAGCCAAAAUGGACCUGUUACUUGUCUGACAACAGCAAACUGUACAAGAUCCUUUGACUAUUUCCAUAUAAAUUGUGGUGGUGGACAAGAGACAAGCAGUGAGGGUAUACUAUAUGAUGAUGACGUGGAUUCAUCAGGGGCAGCAAGAUCAGGGGCAGCAACAUCUAUAAAGCUCAAAGAAAACUGGGCAUUUAGCAAUACCGGUCAUUUCUUGGGUGGUAAUAAUAAAGAAGACUAUAUUCAGCAAAGUCAAAAGACGCUUUCUAUGACUGAUUCCGCAUUGUAUCAGACAGCACGUGUAUCUCCCAUUUCCUUGACUUAUUACGGAAUGUGUCUGGAAAAUGGAGAGUACACAGUAUCACUGCAUUUUGCAGAGAUCAUGUUCACUGAUGAUAACACAUAUAGCAGUCUUGGAAGACGUAUAUUUGAUGUUUACAUUCAGGGAAAGCUAGAAUUGAAGGAUUUCAAUAUUGCAAAUGAAGCAGGAGGAGUUGGGAAGAACAUCACAAAAAGAAUUUCAACUACUGUUAGUAAUAACUCUUUAGAGAUUCGAUUUUAUUGGGCUGGAAAAGGAACAACUGCUAUCCCAUAUAGAUCAGUAUAUGGGCCUCUUAUAUCAGCUAUAUCUGUCACUCGUGUAAACAGUUCCAGAACAGAUUCAGGUGGCAUGGCUAUAGGGGUUGCAAUUGGGAUAGCAGUUUCUGCAAUAAUAUUAGUCAUACUGGUUGUACUUGCCUGGAGACUUCAUAUUGGCAAAAGAAAUUCAUUAGCAAAAGAGUUAAAGCAUUUGAAUUUGCAAAUGGGAUUAUUUCCUAUGCGUAAAAUCAAAGUUGCAACGAAUAACUUUGAUAUUUCUAAUAAAAUCGGGGAAGGAGGCUUUGGUCCUGUCUACAAGGGUACUUUAUCAGAUGGCACAAGAAUAGCAGUUAAGAUGCUUUCAUCAAAGUCUAAGCAAGGGAACCGUGAGUUUAUAAAUGAGAUAGGGUUGAUUUCAGCUUUGCAACACCCUUGUCUUGUUAAACUUUACGGUUGUUGUGUUGAGGAAGAUCAGUUGUUGCUAAUAUACGAAUAUAUGGAAAAUAAUAGCCUUGCACAUGCUUUAUUUAGAAAUGAAGAAUGUUGUAUGCGAUUGGAUUGGGCAACCAGGUACAAGAUUUGUGUUGGUAUAGCUAGAGGUUUGGCUUUCCUACAUGAAGAAUCAAGAUUAAAAGUUGUUCACAGAGACAUAAAGGCUACUAAUGUGUUGUUAGACAAAGAUCUAAACCCUAAGAUAUCUGAUUUUGGUCUUGCAAAGCUUGAUGAUGAGGAUAAUACCCACAUAAGCACAAGAAUAGCUGGGACUUAUGGAUAUAUGGCACCAGAAUAUGCAAUGCAUGGUUAUUUAACUGAUAAAGCAGAUGUCUAUAGUUUUGGAGUGGUUGCCUUGGAAAUUGUAACUGGAAAGAAUAAUACCAUCCCUCGACCCAAGCAAGAAGCAUUGCAUCUUUUAGAUUGGGCACGUUUGUUGAAAGAGAAAGGGAAUCUGAUGGAGCUUAUUGAUGGAAGGUUAGGAUCAAAUUUCAAUGAAAAAGAGGUUAUGAUGAUGAUAAAAGUGGGUCUUCUGUGCACAAAUGCCACUGCAAACCUUAGACCUACCAUGUCAUCAGUACUUAGCAUGCUUGAAGGAAAAGCUGUGAUACCAGAAUUUAUUUUAGAUUCAUCUGAAAUAAUGGAUGAAAAGAAGCAAGAGGUUAUAAGACAAUAUUACUCUCAAAUGGAAGAAACUGAUAGCAGUGAAACCCAUGGAAAUAGUUCAUCAAAAGAUGGGCCAUGGACUGCUUCGUCUUCAUCAGCUGCAGAUUUAUAUCCUCUUUCAUAUUGAUUCUUCUUAUUGGGAGAAAAGAAAUUAGGAGGAUGUUUUUUUUUUCUUUCACACUA